GCAGAAAUUUAACUUUGUGAAAGUUCGCUUCAGUCAGGUUGUUGCUCCGCCAGCGCACGCUGCCUGCACUCUCUGCAUCGUCUUUUCUUCACGAUUCAUUGUUAUUAAUCAUAGUAAUGAUGCACGGCAAUGACGCUCUAUCGCAUGUCCUGUCUUUUAUUCUUCUCUGCAUUGGGCAGACAGCAACUUCAGCACAGUCUGCCAUGUACGAAACAGACGUGGUUAUACCGCAGGAGCUGCGACAAGAGGAGGUGCACCUGCUCCGGGGAGACUACAGGUGGAGCAGAGGUCGUAGACGACGUUCGAACCAUCAGCAGGAAGACCACCUGUUUUUGCGGCUGCCAGCUUUCGGAAAGGAACUGUACUUGGAGCUCCAGAGGGACGACUCUUUCCUGGCUGAGGGGUUUGUGACGGAGGAAAGGAGCGAGGGGGGUAGCGUUCAGCACGAGCCGGCUUUUGGGGUCCGGCGGUGUCUGUAUACUGGAUCUGUUCUCAAUCACACAGACUCUUUCGCCUCAUUGGACGCCUGUGGUGGACUGACCGGCCUGGUUAAGACUGCAGAUGACAGCCUGUUCAUCGAGCCAGUGGGCCAGACUGUGGAUUCCUUCUCUGGCUCUGAACACCGAGUGAUUCGGCGCAAGCAUUCUUCCUCAGACACAUCUGCUGGAGACAGCAGCUCCAAAUUCUGCCAAACCAUCCAAGACAAAAAGAAGGAGAAAAAGAUGAAAGGGGCAGAGGAGGCGAGGGGCAGGAGGAACGCCAUCCGUCUGACCAGAGAGUACACGGUAGAGACGCUAGUGGUGGCCGAUGCAAACAUGGUGCAUUACCAUGGUGCAGAGGCUGCCCAACGCUUCCUGCUCACCAUCAUGAACAUGGUGUACAACAUGUUUCUGCACCAGAAUUUGGGUGUGAGGUUGAAUAUCCGAGUCACCAAGCUGGUUCUCUUGCACAGCCGUCCGGAAAAGUUAAAGGUGGGCCAUCAUGGAGAAAAAGCCCUGGAGAGCUUCUGUCACUGGCAGCACGAGGAAUACGGGGCUCGUUUCCUGGGCAACAAUCACGUUCCCGGAAGCAGAGAUGAUCCACCUCCUGUGGAUGCGGCCGUGCUGGUCACCAGAACAGAUUUUUGUGUCCACAAAAAUGAGCCUUGUGAUACAGUUGGAAUUGCUUAUUUGGGCGGCACCUGCAGUGCCAAGAGGAAGUGUGUACUGGCGGAGGACAACGGACUCAACCUGGCUUUCACUAUCGCUCACGAGCUGGGUCACAGCAUAGGGAUAAGCCACGAUGAUGACCAUCCCAGGUGCACAGGCCACUCUCACAUCAUGUCUGGUGAAUGGGUUAAGGGUCGUAACCCCAGCGACCUGUCCUGGUCGACCUGCAGUCGUGAUGACCUGGAAAAGUUUCUGAGAUCCAAGUCGAGUUCCUGUCUGCUGCACACAGACCCCCGUAACCGCUACCUUGUUCGCCUGCCAGCCAAACUACCCGGGAUGCACUACAGCGCUGACGAACAGUGCCAGAUUCUGUUCGGCACCAACGCAACCUUCUGCACUGAUAUGGAGCACCUGAUGUGUGCGGGUCUAUGGUGUUUGGUUGAAGGAGACGCAUCAUGUAAGACUAAACUGGAUCCACCUCUCGAUGGCACUGAAUGUGGUGCUGACAAGUGGUGCAGGGCCGGUGAGUGUGUCAGCAAAACUCCAAUCCCUCAACAUGUGGAUGGAGACUGGAGUCCAUGGGGCGCGUGGAGCAUGUGCAGUCGAUCGUGUGGCACCGGAGCACGUUUCAGGCAGAGGAAAUGCGACAAUCCCCCGCCCGGCCCAGGAGGAAAGUACUGUCAGAAAGCAAGUGUGGAGCACAAAGUGUGUGAGGGACCACCCUGUUCGAAAGGUCUGCCCACGUUUAGAGACCAGCAGUGUCAGUCUCAUGACCGCCAGGCCAGUAAGAAGAAAAACCAAAUGUGGACAGCUGUGAUCAAUGAUGAAAAGCCGUGCACUCUGUAUUGUACGCCAGUGGGCAAAGAUGCUCCAGUUUUAGUGGCGGAGCGCGUGCAGGAUGGUACGCCAUGUGGACCCUACGAGAGCGACAUGUGUGUAAGCGGAAAGUGUCAGAAAAUCGGAUGUGACAGCAUUAUCGGUUCAUCCGCUAAAGAAGAUCGGUGCGGUGUCUGCAACGGGGACGGCAAGUCUUGCAAAAUCAUCAAAGGAGACUUCAACCACUCCAGAGGGAUGGUCCCCCGUAGCCAUUGUAAGAAGGUUUCUACGUGUGUGAUGUCGAAACCCAGAGCUGUUCUCAAGUGUUUCUCAUGUUACAUCGAGGCAGUGGUCAUUCCGGUGGGAGCGCGGAGAAUCAAAAUUGUGGAGGACAAACCGUCCCAUAGCUUUCUGGCCUUGAAGGACUCUAGCAGACGAUCCAUAAAUAGUGACUGGAAAAUCGAGCUGCCUGGAGAGUUUGAAAUUGCUGGUACUACGGUCCGGUAUGUGAGGAGAGGACUGUGGGAAAAGAUGUCUGCCAAGGGACCUACUAAGAUGCCACUUCACCUCAUGGUUCUUCUGUUUCACGAUCAGACGUAUGGGAUCCACUAUGAGUACACUGUUGCCCUUAACCAAUCGCAGGAGAACCGCAGCGAGACAGUAAAAGAACCUGAUCACAUGUACCUGUGGACUCAUAGCAGCUGGGAGGACUGCACGGUGUACUGCGGUGGAGGAGAGAGAAGGACUGUGGUCUCGUGCAUGAGGAUUGUCAACAAGACCAUGACCCAAGUGAACGACAGCUAUUGUCAGGUGGAUAACAGACCUCCGCCACAGAUUCGCCAGUGCAACACACACCCCUGCCAGUACAGGUGGGUCACUGGUGACUGGGGGCAGUGUUCAGCAACUUGCGGUAAAGGUCUGCAGGAGCGGGAAGUUGGCUGCGUAUACCAGCUGCAGAAUGGCACGUACAUUCACACCAGAGACCUGUACUGCGUCAGCUCCAAACCAGCCGGCGUACAACACUGUGAGGGUCGAGACUGUCUAACCGUUUGGGAGGCCUCCGAGUGGUCCAAGUGCUCCUCUGAAUGUGGUCGAGGCAUCAGGAAGAGGACGGUGACCUGCAGAAAUCCUCAGGGCCUUUGUGAUCCUGCAUCUUGCCCUCCAAAAGAGGAGACCUGUGAGGAUCACACCAAAUGUUAUGAGUGGAAGACCGGUGAAUGGUCUAAGUGCUCAUCAUCAUGUGGGCGGGGCUUGCAAUCCAGAGUUGUUCAGUGUAUGCACAUAGUGACAGGUCGCCAUGGCAGCGACUGUCCAGGAGUUCAGAAGCCACCUGCAUACAGACAGUGUCAACAGGGGAUGUGUAAUGUCAAAGUCAACGUCAACACCAUCACGUCCCCUAGACUCGCUGCGUUGACAUACAAGUGCACAGGAGACCAGUGGGCGGUAUAUUGCAAGGUGGUCCGAGAGAAGAACCUGUGCCAGGACAUGCGCUGGUACCAGCGCUGCUGCCAAACCUGCAGAGACUUUUACACCAGCAAAAUGCCACCCAAGAGUUAAUGAUCCCACACAUAAACACAGAGGUUUAUUUUUGCCUAUUAUAUUUGUACUGUCAAAAUAAUGUUUUAUAUUCUUAUUAAAAUGUUCAGUGAAAUUGAAAUCAGCAGUGGGAAAACUAACAAGAUGCACAAAAGGACCUAAACAUUCUUUAUUCACAUAUGUGAAUACAUUUAACUAUGCAAUGUCUGAAAUGUCUGACUGCAAUUCACAAAGCAACAAAAGUUUGUUAUCUCAGCAUUGCAGCCAGGGGUGCUAUAGCAGGCAUUAUCUGGAAUACCCAAUUCUGAUUGGUCAGUCACAUCAUCCAACAGUCGAAUAUAUACCGUUCAAUCGAAUAACCAGCACAAAUCAUGUGGACUACUUUAUUGGUGCUACUUAAUUGCUUAACGAAAUAAAAAAUAACAUGUGGAUUAGUAUUUUUUCCAAAUACUUAUUUGGCAAGUAGUUGUGUUAAAGCCCAGUCACACCAAAGACGAUAACAAGGAGAUAAUAAGGAGAUUAAGCAACUAUCUAGCAAACACGAUUGUCUCUUUUAUCAUAAACCAUUACGAAGCGACUGUAGCAGGAACAUAUUUUGACUUGAUGUGCAAUGCACAUAAACCCUUUUACUGUUUUACACAAUGAUGACGUGGCAACGUUUGCGCGUGCAUUUUGGCAACGAAAGUAUGGCAAGAAUCAGCAGUGAAGCAACACAGACAAAGUGAUUUUUAAAAAGUUGACUUAUCAACUUUUUCAACACACAGCUACCAGAUCCGUGUACUAUAGUGGAGUGGAUAGAAGAUGUUAGCAGAUACCCAAAUAUAAAGUGGCCAGAUACAUAUAUACGUAUAUUAGUAUAUUAUAUUAGUGCAACCAAACACAACAACCAGGCAUUUUGAUGCUGGAAAACCGUUUUGAUAACACAUUAGAACCACUGGGAAACAACACCACAUCUGUUGCCAAAAUGCGCGCCCAGGCUAUUUGAUCACGUGGGCUGUAAAAGGCUCUAUAGGUUCACAUAUUUUGACAUGACGAUCCACACACGACAAUGUUUUGAGGACUCCUCGAAAAAGAAGUCACCAGCCGCAUCUGAAAUUACCAAAACUCAAUAUACCACCUAGUGCUAGCUGGGAUCACUUUUAGAUUGAUUUUUACAGCUGAAAAAUAAAAAAAACAUAAUUAAAUGAUAGCACAAUGUUGUCGUCCGUUGGUGUGGAUGCUCAUAAAGUUAUAUAAACAUAAUCAUGUUUAUAGUUAUUGAUCUUUGAUGUGGACUUAAGCCACCAUCACCCUGUGUCCUCUUGCGAAUGGUUGGUUUAACGAUAAGGACGUCCUGACUGUACACUUAUUCAUUUCCCGUGGUGGUGGUGGUGCAGCAGAUUGAAGAUUAAAUCUUGAUUCAUUAAAUGUAUAAAGAUAUAGUAUUAUCUGUAAGGCUCCUUGAGUCAGCACCAUUGUCAUUUAGGAGCGCAUGUGUGCAUACAUGUUUGCGUGAAGUAUGUUUCGGACCUGAAAACUUUAUUUGAUUUGGAAAGAGCUCCACGUUUGUCGUGUUUUGCUGUAAAUCAAACUUGGCUCUGGAAAAGAUUUUUUCAGCAAUACUGGCCUGCCUGUUGCACUGUGUAAAGCUGAAUAAUGAAUCGUUUCCAAAGAUAGCAAGCUGAGUGCUUUCUUAAGGCCACUGGUUGGCCAAAAUCAUAUGAACUUUUCUGAUUUGUAUUGUUAUAUAGGCUCUGUUACAAAAGCAUGUGAGCUCCAUUGCUGUCAUCGUGCCACUGCCAAUCUUUACAGUGCAAUACUGCCUCACUAGAUUUGGGAACAGAGCCAUAAUUACAAUGAAACGCCUAGCGUUGUUUUUGCAUAAAGUGUCACCUUUACGCUCUCUGUACAAACAGGUGACCCAUUAGUCAAAAGAAAGUAUUUUUUUAUAACAACCAAUGGCUAAUUGGAGGGUCCUGAGGAGAUGACCCAGGAUGUGGCCACCUUUCUUUUCUCAUGUAGGUUAUUCAUGGUGCUUUUAAACAGUGGCCCUUAUGCUGUUUAUAAUCACAUUAUUAAUCAAACUUUGUAUACGUGUUAGAUGUUUGUCGUCGUGCUGUUUUAUACAUUUUUAAUGUACAUGAUCUCUGGUGCAGUGUAAAGUGAAAAAAAGACCAAAGAUGUGUCUCAUAAAACAUUAAGGUGUUCAAUUGACCCUGAUAAAUGAUCAUUCUCUCAUUAUUUACUCACCUUCAUGUCUUUCCAAACCUCUAAAGGAUGUUAGGGAUUAGUAAAUGAUGAGCGAAUUUACAUUUCUUUUUCCUUUAAGGUUCAGUGAAAUCAGGGUGUCCUUUAUGUGUCUUAUUUUAAGAUCAUCUGUCGGUCUAAUGGUGCUUUGUUGUCACAGUGAAUGCACUUAGCUGCCAACAAUUGACUUUGGUGCUUUAACAAUCCGAUUUUCACAGCAUGUCAUCUACCUGUAUAUAAGAAAAUAAUACACCGUGUGUGUCCUAAUCUAGCAAUAUUCUUAGAAAUAAACUGAAUGUUCUUGAAGGCUUUUCACACCGUGCUUUAAGGACACAUAUUAUGCAAAAUCCACUUUUACAAGGUGUUUAGAAAUAAAUAUAUGUUGGCAGUUUGUGAACACAACAACCCUACAAUGAAAAAUAUCCACCCUCUUCUCAGUGGCGGUUCUACACGGAGGCCAAGGGUGGCCCGUGCUUCUGUAGACAUGUCCCUGGCCACCCCUGUGGCCACCCCGUGCUGAACAAAUCAAAAAGUAUACAUUUAUUUUGAUUUUACACGCGUGCGCCAAAAGCGGAACUAAUGCAACGCAACGUUCUACACGGGCAAAUUAGAGCAGCGCACCCAAUCACUGUAGCCGUCAUUUUUUGUGUGCCCCUCUGGUAAAACACUGGCCCCUCCUUUGGCCCCCCUAGUGAAAUUUGUCUAGAACCGCCACUGCCUCUUCUUCUUUUUUAUUGCCCUUUAAACCAAAGCAGUCUCAUUAGACACGCUGUUCUGAUUUUCUGGUUAAUGUGACAUCACACAAACAAAGCCCCACCCAUGCCACUGAGUGACAGGUUAAUAUUACCCAAAAGCUUUUCUAAACGUGUUGUGUUUGUUAGCACAUUGCAGCUCUUAUAUGGCUAAAUACAGACUGUAUUCAUAGGAAUCAGAUCUAUUUUUAGCCGAAAGCACUCACUGUCUGUUUGUAAUGCUGCGUUUACACCAGCCGCAUUUAAAGGCGGAGUCCACGAUGUUUGAAAAACGGUUUGGAAAAGGAGACGGGCCGACUACCAAAACACACUUAUAGCCAAUCAAAUCAAAUCAAAUGCCGGGUUGCGUAUGUGUGGGGCGGGUCUAUCAACAGAAGGUCCAGAUUCUAUUGGGGUAGGGGCGUGUUUGUUUAGGCGAUUUCAAAUAUCAACACUGGCUUUCAAACAUCAUGGACUCCGCCUUUAAGGCGUCAAAAUCGCGUCUACUGCGCCUGGUUUGCCACUUGAACAGUUUGAAUGCAUUCGCGCGUCUAGAGCGAAGUAGACACGCAGAAAAAGCAAGCAUUUGACACGCAUCAGAGGCAAAAUCCGCUUCUUGUGGGAGGGGCAAGUGCUAUGCGGUUGUCUGUUUGCAAGAUGGCAUUUAUCGAGAGAGUUACCGGUUUGUAUUUGGUCACCUUACUAAAGGGGGAAAAUACUUUAAAAAACGAUGGGAAUGCCGUGGUUCGAUAUAGACCGUUUCAGCGGUAACAACAUAAACAAGCCGCUGUCGCCAUCCGCACGUAACUUCCGGUAAACUCCGCUAAUAAUAAAUAACAACAAAUUCUUUAAACAUAGUUUAUUUAUAUAACAAGCAAACAAAACAACACAUAGAUUACCUAGGAAACCAAAACAUUUGUUAUUUUCGACGAGGCAUUUGUUCAUGAGAUCAGUUUAGCAACUAGUCAGACCAUUAAAAAAACGAAACCGGAAGUAAGGUUCGGAUCCAGACGUGUAUCACGUGGGUCCGAUGAAACCAUCUAUACGUCACGUGACUCAAAAGUGAAAUGUGUAUUUACAACUUACCAGGUGGCCCAAUGUCUUCACUGACACUCUUCCAAGCGAGGUCCUUUUUAUUCCUGUCUCUAUAGAAAUAAGAACUUGUGUCGUAUAGCUCCGGGUGACUGCUCACGGACAAUAUCAAGCGUUCCUUCAUGUUGAAUAAGUGACUCCGGGCAGGGCUGCCGCCACAGCAGCAAAUACGAUCCUGAUUGGUUAAUGCGGCGCAAAAAUCCGCCAAAGCUGAAAUUUUUAACUCGGGCGUCAGACGCAAAUUCGCGUCAAAAAUGCAAAGUGCACAAAAAGCACCAUUCGCACGUACCGUGCCAGACGCUCAAUUCGCGCGAACUAGACGUGCGAAUGAGGUGGAAUUGCGUCUACCGCGCUAAACGCCUUAUUAGUGCUGCGAGACCUCCAGACGCCCGUCAACACGUCUUCGCAUUGACUUAACAUUGAAAUCACUCGCGCUUGACGCCUCUACCGUUGCUGGUGUAAACGCAGCAUAAGGGAGUGAGGAGCUGUAACUCAUUUGUACUGUAGCACACACACAUGAAAACAGUGCUUGUUUGCUCCCACCCAAAUAGGGGCAUUUUAAAUGUGCUAUAAUAAAUGUUCUGUGGGGUAUUUUAAGCCAAAACUUCACAGACACAUUUUAGGCACACCUGAGACUUCUAUUACAUCUUGUAAAAAUGUGCAUAAUAUGUGCCCUUUAACCCAAAGUUAAUAUUUUUUUAACCUUGUGAAAAAUUUGAGAUUAUGUUAACCCAGGGUUUAAAAUCAUGAGUGCUUUUGUCAGAACAGCUACAGAUUUGUUACAUGAAUUGCACUUUGGGGCCAAAACCUAAUAUUUGGGUGCAAGAAUUGUUUCAUGUUUCAAGAGGACACAUUGUACUUAUAUACCCACAUGAGUAAGAAUGGGUUAGGAUGUCAGAUGUGAAUAAAAUGUGAACUUAAGAUCGUAAGUUUGUAUUACAUACAAUAGCCACAUGGCCAAAAGCAACACUGCAUUGUGUGUGUAUUUAUGUAUGUGUGUGUGUGUAUAUUUGUAAGGGUAUAAGGCUCUGUUCCAAAACAUAGUUCGCAGCCUGAUGAUAUCCUAACAGUACCUCACAUGCCAGAAAUAUCAAGAGACUGUCCUCCAAAAAUAACGACCCCCAUGGGCCAUUUUGCCAGCAGCUUAUUACUAUGUACAGUAACGUUUUAUUAAUAAUUGCCCUCUAGCAGCUUCUUACGACCUACAUUUAUGUUUCAAGGUCGUUUGCCUUAUGCGUCAGAUUAGACAGAUUUAAUUGUCUCCAUUUGUUAAAUUAGAAAUUAUUUCAUAUACAUUUAUAGUUUUAAAGAUAUUUUGGAGCAUCUAACCCCAACCCUUACCUUAAACCCAACCACUUCUUAACUCUUUUCCCGCCAGCAUUUAAAAAGAAAGUUGCCAGCAAGUGCCAGCAUUUAUGUGAUUUUCACAAAAGUUAGUGUUUUAUAAGUUGGGUAAGAGCGCCACCUAGUGGAUAGCAGAAUAUGAUUUGCCCUAAAAACUCGUCGUUGGCAGGGAAGCGUUUUUAUUAACUCAUUCACCGCCUGCCUUUUUGAGAAAAGUUGCCCACCUGCAUUUUUGUGAUUUUAACAAAAGUUUCACAAAAUUCCUUGCAGGAAAAAUUAUCUUCUAUAAAUAUAUAA